UUGUCAUCGUUUUAUCGUCUUCCUGCCUGGAGGAGGGAAAAUAUCCCCAUGGUUAUGGCAAACAAAGCUAUCAGCCUUACAAGUUUUACCUCAGCUUUUCCUUCUUCUUUCGAUAAGCUAAACAAGUCAUCAAAGGGUGUCCAAAAGAACUUGAGGGUUUCAACAAUUCCACAGGUUAAAGCAGCUCAAAGCCAAGCUGAAUCAGAUACCGGAAGAUGGGCAAGACAGAGACGCCCCCAGAAUGUAGAUGGAGACUUCUUUGUAGAUCAUACAUGCAUAGAUUGUGAUACCUGCCGAUGGAUGGCUCCGCAAGUCUUCACACGAGUUGGCGAGAUGUCUGCAGUUUACAAUCAGCCUACCUGCAAGGAGGAUCGAUUACAAGCCCUCCAGGCCUUGCUUUCCUGUCCGACAAGCUCGAUCCAUACAGAAAUAUCUACUUCUGAUAUCCUAGAAGCUCAGAAGACAUUUCCAAUUCCAAUAGAUGAGAAGAAACUUCCGGGUGUUUAUCACUGUGGGUACCAUUCUUCCAAGUCAUAUGGAGCUUCUUCCUACUUGAUCGUUCAUUCUGAUGGAAAUAUACUCAUAGAUAGCCCCAGAUUCACAGAGAGACUGGCACAUAAAAUCGAGGAGAUGGGGGGAGUGCGCUAUAUGUUUCUAACCCACAAGGAUGAUGUUGCUGAUCACGGGAAGUGGGCGAAGCGGUUUCAUUGUGAUCGGAUUCUGCAUUAUGGAGAUGUUGAAGCUGGUACUGCUGAUGUAGAGACAAAGCUAGACGGCAGCGGCCCAUGGUGGCUUGGACAAGAUUUUAUGCUUAUACACACUCCGGGCCAAACGGAAGGUUCUGUUUGCUUGUUUUAUAAGCCUCUUAAGAUUCUAUUCACUGGUGACCAUCUGAUGAUGAGAGAAUCUGGGUUGGACAUCAUAGAGAUGUACAACAGAUAUUCAGUUGGAACACAAGUAGAUAGUGUUAAAAAGUUGUUGGAUUUGGAUUUCAAUUGGAUAAUACCAGGCCAUAGUAGGAGAGUCCAGUUCAAAGAUGUUGGGGAGAAGAACGCAGUUGUGGAAGCUUUCGUGGAGGAGAAGUAUGCACACUAUUCAUCGGCUAAGAAUAGAUGGAUAUUUUUCAUGUAA